CAAGGUAAAUUGUGAUAAAAACAGAAUACGUCCACUGAUAAAAGUUAUUGUGCUAGCCCUUAAAGCAAUUGUGAGAAGAAUGGCGAAAUUGGAUGAGAAAAUCGGUUUCAUUGGCGGUGGCAAUAUGGCAUUUGCCAUUGGUUCCGGUUUGAUAAAUCGGGAAUUUGUAAAAACCUCACAGGUGCUGGUGUCGGGACCAAACCUAGAAAAUCUUGCGCGCUGGCGUGCGCUUGGCAUUGCAACCACAGACGAUAACUAUGAAGUACUGGACAAAGCCGAUAUUAUAUUCAUAUGUGUGAAGCCACAUAUUCUCACACCAAUGGCUGCACAGCUGCGUAGCUUACACUCGCCUACUUUAAAAGAUAAGGAUAAGCUGUUUGUCUCGGUAUUAGCUGGCGUUAAGCUAAAGACACUUGAAGAGAAAUUCUCAUUUGUGGAAGGCUUAAAAAUGAUACGCACAAUGCCCAAUACGCCAAUGCAAAUUGGUGAAGGUAUCACAGUGUAUUCACCUGGUUCCUAUGUGAAACAACAAGAUUUGGAAAAAUUGCAUUUAAUGCUGAACUCUUUGGGCAUUGCUCAGCAAGUGCCUGAAUCGAUGAUAGACCCAGUAUCGGGUGUUGCUGGUUGUGGUCCUGCAUUUGUAUAUACAAUAAUUGAGGCUUUGGCUGAUGGUGGUGUCAAACAAGGAGUGCCCAGACAAAUGGCAUUGCAGUUCUCCGCACAAAUGUUAUUGGGAGCUGCUAAAAUGGUUUUGCUAACCGGGAAACAUCCAGCUGUUUUGAGAGAUGAGGUUUGUUCACCUGGUGGUGCUACAAUUGUAGGUGUACAUGAACUUGAAAAGGGCAACUUGAGAUCGACGCUCAUCAAUGCUGUAGAAAAAUCGAGCGAACGUGCUACUGAACUUGGCAAAAAAUAAGAAUACAGCAACAAUAAUUCACUUCCAAUAGAGUAAGCAAUUUGUGACAAUUUUAGUUAAAAAUAAUAUUGCAUAUUUGCAAGCCUUUAUUGAUUGUAUUUUUCAAAUUUACAACUAAUCUUACGUUUUAGCAAAUUAAAUAAACAUUUGUGAGUGUCAAAGUA